UUUAUCAGAUCAGAGUGUGGUGAGUGGAGGCUGUUCGAGCACAAACUAAGUACCAGCUGGGAUCUUUACAGCAUGUUGAUCUUCAUAAGGGUUUAAAAUAGUUUAUUUCGGUUGCAGUGAGCUGCUAGGGUAGCUUUUUAUGACCGGUUUAAAGUUUUGGACGGACGGGAGGUGAAAAUAUGACGGCCAAUGAAGACCAGGAGAUGGAGUUGGAGGCUCUGCGGUCUAUCUAUGAAGGAGACGACUGCUUUAAGGAGCUCAGCCCAGUGUCCUUUCAGUUCAGAAUAGGUGACCUGGAUGAUUCCAAAUCAUUCCUGCUAGAGGUGUCAUGGCCAGAGACCUAUCCCGAAUCUGCUCCGCAAAUAUCAUUAGAUGCCUUUUUCAACAACAAAAUAUCACUGGACACAAAGCAGUACAUUCUUUCGAAAAUGGGUGAACAGGUAGAUGCCAACCUUGGCACGGCCAUGAUGUACACACUCUUUGAGUGGGCCAAAGAGAACCAGGAAACACUCAUGGAAAACCACCAACCUAUGACAUCUGCUGUGACCCUGGUAUCCAACAGUGAUAUCAUGAAUAAUUCCACCUCUGUCAGUAAGAAGAAAGAGAAGAAAGAACAACUCACCAAAGCACAGAAGCGGAAACUGAUUGGAAGAACAGAUAAUAAGGGAGAACUACCAAGAGGAUGGAACUGGGUAGAUGUUAUUAAGGUAAGGCAAAAUAGUAAGCUUAUCUGCAAAAGUCAUUUGAGUCUUAAAAUAAGAGUGCACAUAAUUCUUAAAAGUUUCUGAGAAAGUUAAAAUUGUAGUUAUAUAAUGUCUGUUGAUUGGUAACUCUCUGGGAUAUCUUGUUUCUCUUUUACAUGGGGAUCUUGUCCAUAUGUUGCAACAUUUCUGCCCAUUAAAUAGCAUCUGAGCAAGACAGGAGGAAAAGAGGAAGAUUAGAGAGAUGCUUAUGAAAGAAAGAUGGAUUUAAGUAGUGCUGAAUGUAUGGAUGAAAUGUGUCUCUGUGCACUUGUUUUUAAUGGAAGCGAAAAUGAAUUCUCUCUGGUCAUAAUUUAAAUUAAUCAAAAGCUGCUGCUCUGUCUGUGCCACAGAGCCAAUUUGAUAUUGAAUGCAAGGAACAACUCAGCAGUCACGAAGACACGUGUCCUCUGAGCCACCACAGUGGUGGGUGUUACAUUAGCUAAGCAACACCUUAAAAUCAUGAGAGCGGACGAAUGCACAAACUGAUGAGACAACUAACACAAAAGUGGAAAGCAGAAAAAAUGCUUGUAAUUUUGCCACCAGUAGAACAGUUGGGUGUUAUUAAAUAAAUAUAACAUCAGUAUGAUGCUUCAUAAAGUGAUAUUUUCUUUCUUUUUUUUUUUUUUAAGGAAUUAAAAAAAAAGAAAAUGCCCAUGUGAGUGUAUUGGUACUUCAAAGCUGUGUAUGUGAUAUUAAAUGUGCACUCUGUAAUUUAUUUUAUGUUUCGCUGGUCAGCAUGACCAAGUUGGUUAGUGUCUUGGAUUUUAUACCAACACCUAUUGGUGUAAAUGCAGCGUCAUGCAAAAGUUUUCAGUUGCCAUUGUAGAAAUGCUCUAUUCACUGGUGAAUUUGUCUCCCAUGAUAAAUGUUCACAAGCAAAAGUGUCUGAUAGGAGAUAAAUUGAGAAGUAUUUGGCAAGUCACAUGAUCUUAAUAUGUCAGCUCCCAUUAGGUGACCUGCUCCAUGUAGAAUAAAACAGCAUUUUUUUAGGCCACUGACAUGUGUGGAGUGAUAUGAAUCGCAUGUUGAGUGCACAUGAUUUCAUCUUAUUCAAGGGUACAAUAAUAAAAAAAAAAAAUUAUGUGUUGAACUUUUUUUAGUGAGAAAAACAUUGAGUGCACCUUUAAGUUUACCUUUGCUGCAAACACAAUUUCUUCAUUUUUUCACGUUACAUGCUAAAGAUAUUUUAUGGGGGUAUGUGGGCUUUUUUGAGAAAUAAAGUGUUUCAAAGUACAGUC